AUGUCUGCACCAUAUUGGGGCCAAUUGCCCCCUCCAAAUGCUCGCCGCAUGUCCGGCGACUCUGGUCAACCUGAUCGGCCUGAUCGCAGACAAUCUUUAGAUCAGCCUCCAGCCCAGUUUCAGUCGCGAUCGAAUCGGGCAUCCGUCCAAACCACACAUACCGAAUCUACCUUCAGUCCCUUAGAAUCCCCCGCCACCUCAUACUUCCCAAACACCGGGUUAGCUCCUCGCCCGUCCUCCCUGUCCUACGGACAUAAUCGAUAUCCUUCAGAUCUGCAAGAAAAGCGGCGAAGACGCACCAGCCAAACAACAGAAGACAUUCCGGAAGUCGGUUCGCACGACGAAGGUGCCCUUUCGCCUCCCCCAGCUGCUCCCGACGUCCCCAGAGCUCCGCCUGUGAGCUACAAGGACCCUUACAGACACAGUAGCCCAGCGUUCACCCCGACAUAUUCUUACAACGCAGACGGCCAACCAGGGCCGCCACUCUCAGCUUACAGAUUCGGUUCUCCCAGAUACGGAUCCCCCGCUCAAGCACGGAUUGCCGGAAUGGAACCCGAAUCUUUCUAUAAGGAUGCUACUCCACCAGCCGAGAAGCAAAACAGAGCGCCUACACUCGAUCGAGCUCGACAGACAUUUGGCGAAAAUGAAGGCAUCGAUAAACUGGAUAGGGAUAAUGGAUCCAUGGGUCGGCCAACGAAUGGAGAUCUGGAAGGGCAAGGAAUUGUAGAUCCAUAUGCACCAAAGAGACAACCAACCCUAGCCGGGCCACCGAGGCGUCCGACAUUUGCAGACGAUCGAUCGCCGCUACAAAGGCUUGAGCUUACCCUCGAUAGUAUUACCAAGGAGGAGAAGCGGGCCCGUGUAGAAGCUGCCGAGCGACGUGCAAGGGAACGGGCAGUUCGAAGGGAGAAUGCCGUCAAUGAAGAUAAGCUUCAGCCUCCUCCGGAGCGCUCGAGCAGCCAACAGGUUAAGGUUCGAGACCGACGUCAAUCCGCGAGUCAGUACGAUGACCCAAUGCAAGUUCAACCAUCGGCAGUCACGUUUCAUGGGCCUUUGUCUCAGAACCCACCGGAGGAAACCAAGCAGUAUACUCCACCCGGUCAAUCUCCAAGCUCCAAAAUCCCAGUCCCCAAAAAUCGCAAUAUCGCAGCACCUCAAAAGACCGAUCUACCCCAACGUAACUUAAGCUUUCGCGAGAGGGCUGCCAAAAAUGACGGUGAUAUCUCAGCAGAUGCGGAUAGUAACUCACAAGUGUCGCCAAUCAGUUCACCAGGUGGAGGAUUUGCUCUUGCUCGGAAUGGAAGUAACAAGCUCAAAAAGAACCCACCUAGCGAUCCAUGGUAUGGUCAGCGUAAGGAAGCCGAAGAGAAAUCUAUGGCUCAAAGACGCAACUUACAAAGUGAUGGAACCUAUGAGAUGCCUAGAGAUAUCAACACGGCACCAAUAGUUGCUAGGCCCAGAAAUGAGCCAAUUACGAGGGACCCCACUUCACAGUAUGUUGGUCGGCCUCCGGCAAGAGGUAAACAGUUUGAGCAAGAGGAUUAUGAAGAGCCUAGACAAAGAGGUGUUGCUGCUACAUCUGGACCUGGUCGAAACGACUCUGUAGCCAGCAGUCAGCGCUCCCCGCCGUCACAGCAAACAUUUCAGAGCUCACUACGGAAUUCAGAUGCUCCUCCCAGGAGUGCCGGCAAAUCCGUCACCUUUCCAGAUCGGCGCUACGAAGCUCAAGAGUUUGAUGACGAUGACUAUGACUCGGAUUUAAGCGAGCAUAAGUUGGGUAUUCAUGAUUACAUGCACCGACGUAAGCUGAAGCCUGGUCGAGGGAUGUAUCAACCACCAAAAUACUUGGAAGAAUGGAAGAAGUCUACAGUCGGAACAUUAGCGGGUUCUUUGCUCGAUCUCAACGUGGAGCCCCCCAACCCUAACCCAGGUGCCGAUAAAGGCACACCGUGGUGGGAGAACAGUGGCAGACGUAGAAGUAGCACGACAACACGACCGCCGCCAGAGCUUUUUAGUGAGACAUAUGAUGAUACGCAAGGUCCUACGAGGUUUAAGCCACCACUAUAUCUCAAAUGUGGGCCGUUGCUACGUUAUUGUGGUAUGCGUCACGAAAAACCUCUACCGCGAGGCGGUGAUGCGUCUAUGAACCGAGAUAUAUGGAGAGGCACCGUUAUGAUCGUAACGCAAGACACGGAAUCGUCAUAUGACAUUCCUCCGAUCCUUCGACUUUUCGUUCAGCCAAUUGAGCUCUUACCACCGCCUCCGGCGGAACUUCGCGGAGAGCAAGUCCUUCCACCAGAAUACGUAGAUCCGAUUGCCGGCAUACCGAAGCUUGGACGACGAGGAGAGACUCUUUUCGUGCGGCCGGUAGAACAUCUAGAAGAGGCCAAAGAUGUUUCGAGGUUAGAUCCCGACGAUGGUCUAUUCGAAAUCACAAGGUCCGCUCCCGACUUCAACAACGCGCCCGAUCCACCUGGAUCUUUCGCCUGCCGUAAGAGACGCACUCCGGUUGACGGCGAGAAGCUCGGAAAGUACAAGGACGUGCGUGGAUUCCGCCUUCAUGCUGAACGGGGCCACACUUUUUGGAGAUUCAAUAUCGAAGUUGAGCUCCGGGAGAAGCAACAACGAAUUGCCUACCGUAUAAACCAUGGCCCUGCGACGGGCUUCUGGGUACCUGCUCGGGACCAGUCGAUGAACAUCAUGUUCCACAGUUGCAACGGCUUCAGCCUGAGUGUAAAUCCAGACGAUUUCAGCGGACCGGACCCCAUGUGGCGCGAUGUGCUUAAUAACCAUCAAACCCGGCCAUUCCACGUGAUGAUCGGAGGUGGUGAUCAGCUCUACAACGAUGCUAUUAUGCGGGAAACUCGUCACUUCCAAGAUUGGCUACAGAUCAAGAAUCCUCUACAUAAGAAUAAUGCCCCCUUGACUCCGGAAAUGCAGGAUGAGAUGGAGAAUUUCUAUCUAGAGAGAUACAUGAUGUGGUUCUCACAAGGGUUAUUCGGUCUAGCGAACUGCCAGAUUCCUAUGGUCAACAUGUACGACGAUCACGAUAUUAUUGAUGGCUAUGGUUCAUAUCCCGAUCAUUUCAUGAAGUCGCCUGUAUUCAGCGGCUUAGGCAACGUUGCGUUCAAGUACUACAUGCUCUUCCAGCAUCAGAGUCUGCCUGAUGAAACUGAGGAGACGGAACCAAGCUGGGUUACGGGUAUCAAACCAGGGCCAUAUAUCCGCGAGCAAAGUCGCAGCUUGUUCAUGUUCUUAGGCAACAAGGUCGCGCUGCUCGCUGUUGAUUGCCGGACUGAGCGCACGAGAGAUGAGGUUGUAACUGAGGAUACAUGGAAGAAGCUUAUGGACCGCUGUGAUGCCGAACUUGUCAAGGGCGAGACGCAGCACUUGCUCGUUCUUCUGGGGGUUCCAAUUGCGUACCCCCGGCUUGUGUGGUUGGAAAACAUCUUGACUUCGCGAUUAAUGGACCCGAUCAAAGCCCUCGGAAAAGCAGGAAUGCUAGGUAAUUUCCUCAACCGCUUUGACGGGGGUGUCGAAGUCCUCGAUGAUCUCGACGACCACUGGACAGCAAAGAACCAUAAGGACGAGCGGCGCUUCGUCAUCGAAGACCUGCAAGAUCUCGCUGUCGACGCGUCCGUGCGCGUGACCAUCCUCAGCGGCGACGUGCAUUUAGCGGCAGUUGGCCAGUUCUACUCGAAUCCCAAGCUCAACCUCCCUAAACACAAGGAUUUCCGGUAUAUGCCCAACAUCAUCUCCUCAGCCAUCGCCAACACGCCGCCUCCGGAUCUGAUGGCGGAUAUCUUGAAUAAGCGUAACAAGGUUCAUCACUUCGACAAGGAGACCGAUGAGGACAUGAUACCCCUGUUCACUAACGACGUCGAUGGCAAGCCACGAAAUAAUAAGCACCUUCUUCCUCACCGCAACUGGUGCUCCAUCCGCGAAUACGUACCAGGGCAGACGCCGCCGCCUACCCCGCCACCAGAAGAGUUCGACGAGACUCCCGAGGCCACUCCCCCGAACAGUCGGGGCGGUCUGCUUCGCAGGUUCUCGCUUUCGAGUCGGAAGGGCUCGCAGGCUCGCCCGAAUACCUCGCACGCACCCGUCGACCGCUCGCGCCCGCCCGUGUCUGGCGGCGGUGGUCUCUUCCGAUCGCUUUCGCGCCGGGCUUCUGAUGCGGGGACUCGGCCGAAUAAGCUCUUGCGCACGCUGUCACUCGGCCGAGGCGAUUCCGCUCGACGGGGUAGUACUAGCGCCGGUAACGGCGGCGGCAGUGGCGGUGGUGGUCUAUUCCGCAGAAGAAGCACGGAGCGCGCGGACGACGGCGGGAUCAACGGCGCCUGGGGCCCUGACAGCGAGGACGACGAGGAUGCCGUCUAUGAAACGCAGCCCCAAAGAUACGCAAGGCCAAAUACAAACCAGACUCCGAUGAUGGCUGGGGCCGCCGGGAGAGAGUAUAGAGAGUAUAACGGGGCGAGGGACGGAGGCGCGAGCAUGGGCCACCUACGCGGGGGCGCCGGCGACUCGAGACACGUUAACGACGAGUACGAGGUCGGCGACGAAGCGUUCUUCUCGGCACGCCCGCCGCGCCGCGCCGUCACACAGCCGGUCGCCGUCGCCACCACCUCCUCUUCCUACUCCGCCGCCGCCCCGACCCCAGCGCGCAGGAACACGAACGGCGGUCCGAGCAGCAGCGGCAACGCGUACGACAACUACUACGACCCGAACUCGUCCGAGGAAGACCCGAUGGCGGCGGCUGCGCCGCGGCGCCCGUUCCACAGGACGCCGACCGGCCUCUCGGCGAAGAAGCUGCAGAAGCGCGGCGCGGCGCGGUACGAGGUCGACCUUCAGGGCGGCCUCGACGUGUGCUUGAACGUCGAGGUCAACCCGAAGGAUCCCGCGGGCAUCACGGUGCCGUACAGGCUCCUGGUCCCGAGGCUGUGGUACGAGUACGAGGGCGAGGACGCGAGUCCGUCGCCGCCGGUGGCGGAGGUGCAGAAGCCGUUGCCGCCGUCGCAUCCGCAGCCUGCGAGGGCGCAGGAGCGGGCGCCGGUGCGUGACCGGGAAGAUGAGGAUUAUGAUGAUGAGGAAGAGGAUGAUUAUGAGGGCGAGUAUGAUGGGGAGUAUGAGUAUGAGGAGAAGCCUGGCAUGCUGAAGCGCUUGUUUAGCAAGCGUGGACGGAAUGCGGGGGGUAGUGGAGGCGGUGGUGGUGGGAGUCAGUAUAGGGCGAGGAGAAUGUCGCCUUAA